GGAAGAAGCAUUUGGAAUAGUUGUAUUGAGAAAAGCGCUUUGUUUUCCAAAUGUCACUCAGUCUCUGUGACAUCUCUAAAACUCAAACUCGUAAUAAUAGAAAUAACACACUUUGCACUCUUUCCAACGUUGUUUUCGCUUUCUCUUUAUACCCACACGCCCAUAAUUACUUCCAUUAAUUCUGCCAAAUGGAUUCCACUCUCUCUUUCCACACUCCAACUAACAAUGCCAUCUCACAACCGGAACAACCGCCUCCUCCACCGCCUCCGCCGCCGCCUCCUAACUCACAUUCGCCACCCGCACUCUUAGUUCCCAAACCCGAACCCUUCUGGGCCUCUGACCAUGACGAUAUCGGAGACGAACUCGACCUAUUCACUGAGUUCAACCGAGUUACCGAGUUGUUCCACCUUGCCUUCGGAGCCACCAAUGUCGUCCUUCCCCCCUACUCCUUCGGACCUCAACCUGCUUCACCCACAUGCUCCGACCCCCUUCCUGCUGCGGAUGUCCAUUCGGCGGUUCAGGAACACCCGAAUUCGUCGUCCUCCACCAGCGACGCCUCGAGAGCGAUCGUCCCCGUGGAGGACCUCACGGUGAGCGUUGCGCCGCCGCGGAAGCAGAGCCGGCAGAAGGAGCUGGUUCGGGUAAUGGGUCUGUCGGUGAGGGAACAGGCGCAGCUGCGGGAGACGGUGAGGCGCACGCGCUUGGUGUACGACUCGGUGCGCGUGUAUACCGCUGUGGAGGAGGAGAGGCGGGUGGCUGCCUUGGCGGCUGCGGCAGCGGCGAGGGAGGCGGCAAGGGAGGCGGCAAGGGAGGCGGAGAUCAAGGAGGAGCAGGAAGAGGAGAAAGUGGUGGAGGGCCGGACUCGACGUCUCCGCGGGGACCUGCGAGCUGCUGGACUGAUGCGGGAGCGUGGACUGUGGCUGAACCGGGAGAAGCGAAUCGUUGGGGCGAUCCCUGGGAUUUUGGUGGGGGAUUUGUUCCUUUUCAGGAUGGAGUUGUGUGUGCUUGGGUUGCACGGUCAGAUACAGGCUGGCAUUGAUUAUCUUCCUGCAAGUAUGAGCUCCAGUGGGGAGCCUAUAGCCACCAGUGUGAUUGUUUCUGGGGGUUACGAGGAUGAUUCUGAUAAGGGUGAGCAUAUAUUCUACACUGGUCAUGGAGGGCAGGGGAAGAAUUCGUCUAAGCAGGUUGCUGAUCAGAAGUUGGAGUCAGGGAACCUUGCAUUGGAAAGGAGUAUGCAUUACGGUGUGGAGGUGAGGGUUAUUCGUGGGAUGAGGUAUGAGGGGAGUGCUUCUGCUUCUGGUAAGGUGUAUGUGUAUGAUGGAGUGUAUAAGAUUACUCAGUGCUUGUUUGAUAAGGGGAGGUCUGGUUUUGGGGUUUACAAGUUUAGGCUUUCCAGGGUUGCGGGGCAGGCUAAGAUGGGAAGUACUAUUUUGAAGGAAGCUAGGAGUAUUAGGAGGAAUGAAAUGGAAUCGAAUACUGUUCGUUGUCUUUCUGCUGAUAUGUCCAACAAGAAGGAGAAUGUUCCUGUUCGCCUUUUUAACGACAUAGAUGAUGAUCGAGAUCCUCUUAACUAUGAGUAUCUUGCCAGGACAAGUUUUCCACAGUUUGUGUUUCAUCAGAGUGGGAAUGUUACUGGUUGUGACUGUGUGAAUGGUUGUGGAGAUGGAUGCUUUUGUGCUAUGAAAAAUGGGGGUGAUUUUCCUUACACUCUGCAGGGACAUCUUGUGAAAGGGAAGCCUUUGAUUUUUGAAUGUGGCCCUUUUUGUUCUUGUCCUUCUCAGUGUCGUAAUCGUGUUUCGCAGAAGGGAGUGAAAUAUAGGUUGGAAGUGUUUAGGUCCCUGCAGACAUCUUGGGGUGUUAGGUCUCUGGACCUUAUUCAAGCCGGUACUUUUAUAUGCGAGUUUUCUGGGGUUGUUUUGACUAGGGAGCAGGCGCAACUCUUUGCAAUGAAUGGUGACUCUUCGAUAUAUCCCAAUAGGUUUUCAGAAAGAUGGGCGGAAUGGGGGGAUUUGUCUCAAGUAGAUCCAAAAUAUGUGCGUCCAUCAUAUCCAUCUAUUCCUCCUUUAGAUUUUUCUCUGGAUGUGUCGACUAUGAGGAAUGUUGCUUGUUAUAUGAGCCAUAGUUCAUCUCCAAAUGUUUUGGUUCAGUUUGUUCUGUAUGAUCACAACAAUUUGAUGUUCCCACACCUUAUGCUAUUUGCAAUGGAGAAUAUCCCUCCCAUGAGAGAGCUCAGCCUUGAUUACGGCGUAGCUGAUGAGUGGACAGGGAAGCUCUCUAUAUGUAACUGAAUAGUUCUAAAAGGUUAACGCACUUCUAAUAUGUUGAAGCCAAUUUUUGCGCAUGGUUAACUGAGGCUCUCAUUCCUGACAACAUUGGUUUUGCAGACUUAACCAUGGUUUUCCUAAGGUUUCAACUUCACCAAAUUUUGUGGAACUGUGAAAGUGCUUGCUAUGUGAACAUUUUGUCAAGGUAUUGAAGAUAAUGUAAUAGCUGUUGAAUUUCAUGGUUUUUUCUAACUUCUUUUUUGGCUAGUGCAUAGCAUAUGAUGUGUGGUGAUGAAGAUCAAGUAUUGGAGCUCGGGAAGUGCUUAAUCUUGAAUACUUGUGUAAUUAUUCUGUAAUUUUCUGAUAUUGGGCCCUUUGGCAAGGCAUUUGCUCGCCACCUUCUUCUAAGCAAGU